AUGGAGGUAUUUCUACACAACCUUCCCCCCGACCUCAGCAAGGACGGCUUGAAGGACCAGCUUGCACCUUUCAUCAGGACUCUCGCUAUUCUCGACUGGAACUGUGAGAAACCACGAAAGAAACGGUUUGGGCACAUCGUCUUCCUAAACCAGGUUGAUGGCGAGCGUUUUCUGAAUUCUCACGGAGAGGAACAUCAGGAGGGCUAUACCCGACUCAGAUCACGCUUGAUGCUACUGGGAUUCCAUGUAUUCUGCAAGAAGAGCAACCGAGACCCGGACGGUUACACCCUCCGACACCUAGCUCACGAAGCACAGGAGCGAGUCAAUCCAACCCGAGUGAUCGAAGAGCAAGGGAACUCCAUCUCAUUCAGGAUGAUCGAGGUCUCUUGUGGCUACACCAGGUUUGACUUGGGAAAGUUCGAAUUCGCCCCUGAAGUGGAAUGGCCGGUGGAGUGCGGCAGCGUCACUUUUAAAAGACGCAAUAUCAUUGCUGAGCUCGGCGAUGGAAGAAUCAUACGAAUUCCUCUAAACACGGUCUUUGAAGUCGUGUGGACCACACCUAGUUCUAGGAUCCUUGUUACCACGACCGAUGUUCCAUCGUUUUUUCGCCGCGAAGACAAUUCCUAUGUCCGUCUCCCUUCCCUUGGGGACGCGCACCCUAAAUACGUUGGCCAAUGCCUUGUAUAUGAGUUUGGAGUUUCCCCAGUCGACUUCCAAACUAAGAUGAAUCAGCUCACCGAGUGGGACUUGGCUGUCAUCCGUCAUAGCUAUCACUCGUUACCCAACUAUGAAAUCGGGCUGUCGACCUUCAUGGCGUUUCUAAAGACUCAUACUCACGGCGGAAUUCUGCCUUUUGGGGUCCUUUUCCAACUUCAGGCACUGGUCUAUAAUGCAUACCUCCCUCCGCAUAUAGUCGUUGGGCUGGGAGUAAAGUUAGUAACCAUCUUCAAGGCAAGAAAACAGGCAGGAAAACGGCCAAUCUCGGUGAACUCUCUCAAAAGGCUCUUCAAUCUGAUAGGCUGGCCUUCCCCGUUUGGAAACACCGCUGAAUUUACGGUCAACGGUUUGCUCGAGAUGAUCACCGGUAGUGACCAGGAGCUCCAUGAUGGUGUGAUCCAGGCCGACAGUCUCUUCCGACCAUCUCCUCAUAUGGCGUACAUACACAAAGUGAUGGUCACCCCCUCACGCAUCACAUUGCACGGCCCAGAAGCCGAGCCUUUGAAUAGAAUUCUGCGGCGAUUCCCAAACCACCACGAGUAUUUCAUCCGCGUCCAAUUCUGCGAUGAGAACGGGCAGGAUCUUCAUUUCAGUCCCCGGGUCAACAAUAAGGAGAUUUUUGCAAGGUUCAAAGGCGUCUUUCAAGACGGGAUUCAGAUUGCAGGCCGCGUUUACACCUUUCUGGGUUUUUCUCAUUCGUCCCUCAGAUCUCACUCGUCCUGGUUCUCAGCCCCAUUCGUCGACGAUGACGAGAACCUACAGACCUACUUCACAAUCAUCAAGGCCAUCGGCACUUUCUCCAACAUAACCUCACCAGCUCGAUGUGCCGCCAGAAUUGGACAAGCUUUCUCCGACACGCCCUUCGCUGUAAACCUCAAGGAACACAACGUCUCCGUGUACCAAAUACCCGAUGUCGAAACCGAAAAUCGAGUCUUCAGCGACGGUGUAGGAACCAUAUCCAAAGAUGCAACCACUGCGAUCCAUGCCAGUUUACCGCUCAGAAAGGGACUGCCAACUUGCUUCCAGAUUCGGAUGGGCGGUGCAAAGGGCAUGCUAUCUCUCGAUCCCUCCCUUAAGGGUUUUCAGAUCCGAGUUAGGCCUUCAAUGGUGAAAUUCGACGCAGAAGACAGGCAUAACCUAGAGAUUUGCGACACUGGAUCAAAGCCCAUCCCCUUGGUCUUGAACCGGCAGAUUAUCAAAAUAAUGGAGGACAUGGGCGUUUCAGAGCAGUGGUUCUUUAAACUACAAGGACUGCGCAUAGAUCAGCUACGGAAGGCUACUGCAACCACCAAGAACACUGCAAAUUUUAUUAAAUCUGCAGGUGUUGGUCAUUGCGUUCGGAUCUUCCGGCUGUUCUUGCUAUUCAAUCGAUUGAAGCUGAGCUACAAAGAGGUCCCUUUUCUCCGAUCCAUCGUCGAGGCCGUCGUACUCCGCGAACUGCGGCUUCUAAAGCACAAAGCCCGCAUCCCAGUGGAUAAGGGGGUUACAUUAUUCGGGAUCAUGGACGAAACCGGCUUUCUAGGUGAAAACGAGGUCUUUGUUACCUAUGAAACUCAUGACGGUCGGUUCUCACACCCACCAGAACACUGCCGGCUACUCGUCACCCGCUCCCCGGCCCUACAUGUCGGCGACAUCCAAUAUCCGCAUCACGUACUUCCCCCUGCCGGCCACCCACUCCGAGAACACAAGAACUGCAUCAUCUUCAGCAAGAAAGGUACCCGGGAUCUCCCCAGUCAACUCAGCGGCGGAGACCUAGAUGGCGACUUAUACAACAUCAUCUGGGACCCGGAAGCUAGGCCAAAACGGAUAUAUGCCCCCGCAGACUAUCCCCGUGUCCCACCCAAGGACAUCGGGCGAGCUGUAACAAGAGAGGACAUGGCUGAGUUCUUUGUCGAGUUCAUGCAGUCCGACAAACUUGGUGUUAUUGCCACGAAGCACAUGAUCCUCGCAGACCAGAUGGAAAUGGGGACAUUACACUCUGACUGCAGGAAGCUAGCACAACUUCAUUCUACUGCAGUUGACUUCUCAAAGACUGGUGUGCCGGUGAAGCUCGAAGAAAUGCCCAAUGUCAACCGCAACAGACCAGACUUCCUCGCCCCAGGGCCACUCGCACGCAUCCACGAUAAACAAGAUAUCCAGCUAGAAGCCCGAUAUGUCCACCCAUACCCAGACGACGAAAUCGACUCCGCGCCAGUCCAUAUGUACUACCGGUCCGAAAAGGUCCUGGGCAAGCUUUACCGCGGAAUCGACGAACACAAGAUCUGGAACGAAGAAAUACGCAGUACAGUGGCACCGCACCCGGCGGCUGUCUGGGAGGAGCUCAUCGACGACCUAACAACACGGUGCAUAGAACUCGGUGCAUCGGUGAACUGGCAGCACCACGUCGAAACAGCUCGGCAGCUCCGCGCAGCCUACGAAGACGCAAUGUUCACCGCAAUGGCCAACUUCUCCGAACACCCAGUCCACCCUAUAACCGAGCUCGAAGUCUUCAUCGGCCAGAUCCUCAACAACAGCGGCGUACAAACCCAGCGCCAGCGCGAGCGGUCCAUAAAACUAAAAGACGAAUUCGAUCGCAUCGCCUCUUGGAUCAUGGAGCAGAUGUGUCAGCCUGGUCCGCUUACAGGGUACGCAAGUGAAUUUGACUCGCUCGAGCGCUGUCUUGCCUGUUUACAUGUUGCGGGGGAGACGGACGAGCGAGGGUCGGGUUCGCGUUCCGGUCAUAAACGGCGGGGGUGGGAUGGGCUAAAGAGUUUCCGUGUUGUUGCGGCUUGUGUAUUAUUGACAGAAGUGGAGGCCUUUGAGAGGGAGUACGCAGAGAAUGAGAAUCUCCCUUUAUCUCUCACGUUCCCGACAGAGGACGAACAUGUCGAGCGAGCAUUUUCUGGAUAUGAAGAUGGAGAGGAAGUGAACCGGUUCGAUUUACAGGGGAUGCUGGAUGCACUUCAUCAAAUGGGGUGGAGCUUCUGA